CAGCGUCGUCAGUCUUGCGUCAUGAUUCGGUCAUGUAGCUAGCUAGCGACACCUCGCAACGGAGAGAGCUUGGUAUGGCGGGGGAGAGGAGCGGAGAGGACAUAGUUGCAGAGUACCUGGGCCAGAACCCGCAGCUGGCCCAAUGGGUGGAAACCUUCAGGACCUACUGUGAGAGCAACAAACAGUGGGCUGCCCGGAGAGAGUUCAUCCUGAGGAACAUGGAGGCUUUCCCCACAGUGGAGCCCGGAGUCCCCAGCAGCAGUCUGGACAGGCUGCUCUCUCUGUCCAUGGUCUGGGCCAAUCACGUUUUCCUGGGCUGCAGCUAUCCAUCAACGGUGAUGGAGAAGAUCAAGGACAUGGGUGAGGGGAUCGUUGUCUUAGAUGCUCCAGUUCACAAAACCACAAAAGAUGGGAUCCUGGCCAGAGGGAAGCGGAGUGCCACAGCUGAGACUGAUGCUGACAGCUGUGUGAAGAAAGCCAAAUGUGGACCAGCUCCACGGCCAGUGACUCAGAAGUCAGGACCUCCUCCACAGGCUCCAGCAGAGCACCAGCCCUUCUUCAACCGCCUCUACAAGGCGGUGGCGUGGAAGCUGGUGUCGGCGGGGGGCUUCGGUCCAAACUUGGACCAUUUUGAAAUACUGCGUAGCUGCGUAGAGUCGUGCAAAGAGACCCUGACCUGUGUGUUUGUGCCGCUGAAGGACAUCGCUGGCCUCCCUGCAGGCCGCACACAGAAGGAAGGCCACGUGUGUGAGAUUCGCUGUCAGACUGUUUACAUGGGGACAGGAUACGGACGUGAUGAGUCCGCUGCCAGAGCCAUGGCUUCCAAAGAGGCCCUAAAAGUCUUUCAGGGGCGAAAAGUGACGGUAAAGAUCUGCAGACGGAGGUACAAAGGGAAAGACGUGGAGGACUUGAUGUUGUUGGACGAGCAGCCUCGGAGUCAGGGUUUUCCUCCUGCACUCAGCUACCCCUUUCAGGACGAGCAGCUGGAAGAUGGAUCCUCAUAGAGCAGACAGUUUGUGACAUUUGCCCUGCUGUGAUGCCUGUCAGGAGCACGGACAUUUAAUUAAUGGAGCUACUGAAGGAAUUCAUGACCGUGUCGGGACCAGAGUGUUUGCAGCUGAACAUCAUAACUAACGCAGAGCAUUAACUGUCACAUUUUCGACAAUACUUUGGUAUCACAACACCGGUGGCAUGUUGUUAGACAGAAUCUGGGAUACAUCUCCAAAACAACAAGAGUUAAUCUCACACUGUACUGACUACAUUUUCAACCACUUUCAGUUUUACAGAGUUUUAUAGGCAGCAAACAGUGAAAGAAAGUGUGUGAAGUUUAAAAGUCAACCAGCCAUAAAAAAACAUGGCAAAAACUUUAAUGCAGCCGCCCCAAAAAAAUGUGGCAUUGUACGUUUCUGCAAACUAGGUUGGGUUUAGGCACAUAAACCAGUUGGUUAUGGUUAAGAAAAGAUCAUGUUUAGGCUUAAAAUACCUGAUUUUUAAGGCACAAUAACGACUGGAGUUGCCGUCGAUGUCUUGGUUGGAAAACAACUGCUUUUCACGGCACCAUUCCCCGUGCAAAAACUGUGAUGAGUUGCUAAAAACACUCACAUUUGGAGCCUAACAAGCUGCUAGAAACACAGUGAUGACUAACCAGCUAAAACACAACCAGGUUUGCUGUUUGCUGGUUUUGAACUGGGGUCUGUCUCGUCUCAGUGUCACGCCAUCCCCCAUCAUUCAUUUAUGUACUACGACACACUGAUAUGACACAUAUGAAACAUACAAAUAUAAAGUAUUUGGGGUGUGCAGAAAUGUACAAUGCCAACAUUUUCUUCUGGCGACUGUGCUGCUAGAAGCUCAGCUACCAGAAGGCAGAACAGUUAAAGAGUUAAAACUAAGGAUUAAACACCACCUGAGUAUUGUGGGAGAUUGUUUUGUAUUAUAUUGAUGUGAUUAUUCGUCCCAACAAAAUUGUUACGGCCAUCAUAUUAGGAGUAGCGUGUAUCUGUUUUUCUCCUUUGUUCAUUCCUGUCGUGACAGUGUUCUUCUGGUGAUUUCACGAGUGCAACUGAGUUCAGUCCAAACUGGAGUUGAUAACCUGAUGUGUUUAGAUUCACACUGCAGGGUUACAAGGGAAACAAAAGUCACACGGACAACACAAGAAUUCGUCUUCUUAUGGUUUUGAUCACCUGUCAGUUUGCAGGGUCCAGAUUAGGGUUGCAGCAGUGUGAGAUUUUCACAGACAACAGCACGGUUUCAUGGUAUUACAUAAUUCGUAAUUGAAACUAGAGGGGUUCUGUGGUUGAACAAUUGCUUUAUUAUAAUUUAAAUUUAAGUCUGACAGGCAGUCAAAGAGGAAAAGAGAUGUGCACGCAGGUGAGAUUUUCCGUUCUGUUGCCUUUUUUUUUUCAGUUCUGAAGAUAAACCGUUUAUGAUUUGUUAAUCGCCGUCGUUUUAUACCAUGGUGUACUGUGAAACCAGUAUAUCACCACAACCCUAGUCCAGGGGCCAGAUGCAUAGAACUGUGUAGAUUCAUGACCUAAAUUGUGUGUACGGACAAAGGCAGGAAUAUGCAUGUACAGUGUUUUCAUCAGAUUCAUAAAGCUGUGCGUAGGAUCAUCGUGGAGCCUCAUUUCCACACCCACAGUUCGCCAUAAAUGGAUGUAGAAACGCCCUUAAAACAUGUUUACUUAUCGGUACUUGUGCCCCUCCACCAAACCUUAGACCUGUCAGUGAGAAAUGCGGAAAAUAAGGGGCAGUUUCACCGACUGUGUUGCAGCAGUGAGGUUCAGAGCAGCUGUUAUUACACACAGUUGUGGUGAUUUGUAGAAUCUGCACCGCUAAUUCAUCACAUUUCUGCUCACUGUCGUCACGGUAAAAUCUCGAUAGUUAAGAUUAUUAAACAUCUGAAAGACGAUCAAUGAUUCAUUCAGAGCCUUCAUGUGAAUUUACAAAAUGUUUCACAGGAUACAAUUUAACGAUUACUAACACGGGAAAAAAUGUAAAUAAUAAUGAUGACAUUCCACAGUCAUAAAUGACUUAAAAUUAACUUUAUAAAUGCGCCUUUGAUUGAUGUUUUAAAGAACGCCGUGUGAGCUGCAACAAAAACAACACAGUCAGUGAAACUGGCCAACAACCUAAAAACAUUCUUGUCCAUCUCUCAUCAUAUUCAAUCUGCUCCUCAUCAUCUGACCUGCAGCGCUCUCUGCUAAAACUGUGUGUGUGCCUGGUCUGAAGAGUUCAUGACAUUUGACAUUCAUUUAUAAGUACCAGUUUAAGUGUGGGAAAAGACGCAGGCAUGGUUAAUGUGCGUACACAUCGUUUAUGCGUCUGGCCCCAGAUUUUGGCAGCAGGAUGCAAAAACUAAUACUCACUCUUGUUUUUUAAACGUGAUGGACUUUAGUGUUCGUACCAGUUGAAUACACAGAAACAUAUGAGUUCUAAAUCCAGACUUCAGUUGGAAUAUUAUUUUCCACCAUAAGUGAUGUUUGAUGUCAGAUAUCAACAUUGUUUCCUGAUCGUGCCCUUUAACCCUCGUGAUUAGGAUUGUUUGUGUAACAGGUUGAAUUUGCCUUUCAUUUUGAGCGACCCACACUUUAAAGAGCACGGCCCUCUGAAGUUGGUGGUUCCCAUGUUUAAUUUUUUUGUACUUUAAAAAACAACCAAGUGACGCCACAGAGACCUGACUGACAGUUUGAUUUGUUUUUGACAGUAUACAGAGUUUAAGGAGACGUUCAAGUGUACUUCACAGUUUUGUUUUCUUUAACACUCGGCUAACUACAGUACCUGUUAUACUGUACAGACGUUCUGAAGGCUUUUAUUUUAUUUUGUUAUUUAACGUCACUGAUGUUGAAAAUAUUGGGGUGUCACAGAAAAGAGAAUUCCUCUGAACACAGUUUGAUUUUUGCAGUUCUGAUGUGUUUGAGGGUAAAGUGCUGCUGUGAUGUGUUAUUUCUUUUUUCCAGUUUGAGUUGAAGGUGAACAGGGUCGCACUGAAGUGUGAGCGUCCACACUCCUCCAUGUUACUGUCUGUUUACACCAGUGAUCUGUUUCUAUAUAUUUUUUAAAUAAACAUAAUUUAACCGA